AUGACACCAUUAUUUGCCGAUAUAUGCAGCUGUAGAGGUUAUCAAGGAAGAAAGCGUUGGCAUAGUGCCAAAGAGUUGGUUGGUUGGGACCAACCAAAUGUUUUGGCCAAAGAUUGUAAACAACAAAACGAGGAGGAUGAUGGAGCAAUAUCAACCUCCUUGUCCAUAGAUUUGUUCGUAGGUAUAAAAUAUGUUAUAACUUUUAAAGACACCUACGCCGAAGCUUUAAGCCUGGAAAAUGUGGUAGAGGAGCAAACAGAGUUGCAAUCUACGGAUGCCAUCGUAGCCAUGGAAAGGUAUGGCAAAUGCAAACCAUAA